GAAAAGUCCACACCACUUUCUUCACAUUCUUACUUUUCUCAACCCCCAAUUCUUUCUUCUCUAGAAUCUAAUCUUCGCCUCUUUUCUCUAAUUAUCUAUCUCUCCGCUGCUCGGCUUUGAUCGGCCCCAAUUUGUUAAUUUUCGGAGAUGGAAGAAGGAAAUGUAUCAAGCAGUUUGACUUCUGCUGCAGCUUUUGUGGAAGGGGGAAUUCAGGAAGCAUGCGAUGAUGCUUGCAGUAUAUGUCUUGAAGCCUUUUGUGAUAGUGACCCUUCUACGCUGACUACUUGCAAGCACGAGUUUCAUCUUCAGUGCAUUCUUGAAUGGUGCCAGAGAAGUUCCCAGUGCCCGAUGUGCUGGCAGUCUAUUGGCUUGAAGGAUCCCAGCAGUCAGGAACUUCUGGAUGCUGUGGAGCAUGAGAGGAACAUGCGAAUGAAUCCACCUAGAAAUACAACUAUAUUUCAUCAUCCAAGCUUAGGGGACUUUGAGUUGCAACAUUUGCCUGUUAAUGCAAGUGAGGCUGAACUUGAAGAACGCAUUGUUCAGCACUUAGCUGCUGCUGCUGCAAUGGGGAGGGCUCGUCAGCUCGCUAGGAGAGAGGGUCAGAGGAUUAGAUCUUCUCAAGGCCGUCCUCGUUUUUUGGUAUUCUCAGCUAAUCCUAAUGAGGCUUCAGCUCCAUCUCCACUUUCUCAGAGAGAAGGCAGUAGCCCCCCACCUGAAGUUAUAACUACUGGCUCUAAUUCUCCAUAUAUGACUGUUGGAGGAGAUGCUGCACAUCUUGUUGCACGGUCUUCUACUGCUCAAGCUGAACAGCUCGGGACUACAGCCUCAGGAUCAAGUCCUGGGGCAUAUCAACACGGGACAUCUUCAAGCAAUAGGUCUCCUGCCCAUACUUCUCCCAAUAGUCAAGAUAGAACUGGUGGACCUUCAGAUUUCCAGACAUUUUCCGAUUCUCUGAAAUCCCGGCUUAGUGCCUUUUCAACCAGAUACAAAGAGUCCAUAACAAAGAGCACACGAGGCUGGAAGGAGAGACUCUUUGCUCGCAACACUUCUACACCUGAACCCAACAGUGAAGUUCGUGAAGCUGACCAAAGGAAUGCUAAUGGUCCUGGAAUUGCUGCUCUAUCACGAGUGAUGGAUCAUCUUCAAAUAGCAGAACAUGGUAGAACCAACACAUCUACUGCCUCACGUGCUGCAGAAGAUACCAGGUCGCCGGAUUCUAGUGAACAGCAGGUCUCUGUGAUGGGAAGCAGCCUUUCUUUGAAUGAGGAUGCUUCACAAGCUACAACUGCUGCUAGUCCUGCAUCAACCUAAGUGCUGAUCUCAUCAAGUUCAUUGCACUUCUUUUGUGCAGUGAAUCACUAGGUUUCCAAGAGGCUGCUGCUGCAAUGGCGUCUGGGGCUAAUGUUAAAUGCUAAAUCCACCAAUUCAUACUGUAAUUUAGACAGUUUAGUGCAAAUUUGCAAAAAUUAAGGAUCUUGAAACCAAAUUCAAUGUAUAAACAAAUAUAGAGCUGUAAAUUUUGGGCUGUAAUCCUCUAUAGUUUUAUGUAUGUUUCUUGAACUCGUGCGAACUAAUAUGCGAGGCUUCCGUUGGAAUGAGCAGCAAAUUAUCAAA